AUGGAAUUCUCUUUCGAUUCUGAUGUCAUAUGCUCAUUCCGGCUAGACUUUGAAUCCAAUCUUGACUACAGAAGUCUUGUCGAAGAAUUUGGGAACCUUACCGCACCACCCGAGUUAUUAGGCUGGAAUUUCGGCGAAAUCUUUUUGGAUGAAUGUGGAGGAAUAAUAGAUGAGCCUCAAAUCAUAACAUCUCCUGGCUAUGAGCGUGGCUACUACUACGGGAAUCUCAACUGCACAUGGAUAAUCGAGCUAGAUAAUGUUGUCAGCUUUAACAUUGUCAAAGUUGACUUCGAACUUGAAAAUUCCUUCGAGUGUCAAUUUGAUUCCGUUACAUUCAACGAAAUCAGCGUAUAUUGCGGGACCUUCUUCGAAACUCAAAACAUUGAUGGUGGCUCAGCUAGAAUUGUAUUUCAAACGGAUGAGUUCGAUGCAUAUAAAGGAUUUAAACUUAACAUCACGGAAUUAACGAUGGCAUCAUCGACGAUAUCAACGACGGCAUCAACGAUACCAGCAUCUACAUCUACGUUUAUAUUUAAAACGGAAUCAAUUAUAACAGACUCAAAUACAAUCAUGCCUUCAACCACGUCGUCAAAUUGCUUAAAAGCUCAUUUCGCAACAGUCGAUUGUACGAAUUACAGUUUUGUUGUGACUUUAGAUCAAAAUUGUUUCGACUCACAUUGGAAUAGAGGAGAACAAUGGAACGAAACGCUAAUCUUUGGAAGCUCUGGGGACCCUCUUUGUGAAUUUAAUGUUGCCGAUCAAGGAUCAACUACUUUUGAAAUAAAAUUCGACGAAUGCGGUGUUGUCCCGAAUUAUCCAGACUCGUCUGACAAAUCGGUCAUAGACUUUAACCUGGCUGGAAAAGUCAAGGAGACAUUAAUUGGAAAUGAUGAUAUCGAAUCAUUUUUCGAUUUCAACUAUAAAUGCGAAUACAGAGGUGUUACAGAAGUAGAAGAAAUCGCGGAACUUUAUGAUGCAGAUAUAUUAAAAGUCAACAAUACAUUGACAUUGGACAGCUCCGUAAUACCAGCACUAUUAUCUUGUCCAAUAUCAGAAUCACUCUUUUUUACGUCCCCGUUUGAUUAUUGCGAAAUCAACAAUGGAAUUUUGAAAUUAGGAGAUUUAUUCUACGUUGGCUGGACGAAUUUAUUUGCGAAUGAUUUACUUGGUGCCAUGAAAUUUCGAAUCGAAAAUAUCUGGAUUGGUCCAUCUUCGGGAGAAAAAACACUUCAUUUUGUGAGCGAUGGCUGUCUUAAAGCACCAUUUGAUACAGGUCGAAACAUAAUUUAUCCAUGGGGAAGAGAUAUUGAAUGGUCUGCAUUUAAAUUCAAAAACUCCAAUAAUGUUUUCUUUACGUUUGAGCUUAUCAUGUGCAUCGAAAAUGACACGGAAUUCUGUAUGGGAGCUACUGACUGUGGAUCGGGAAUUGGAAAUCAAGCCCUUUUCGUAAAUUGGCUCGCUUCAAACGAUCCUUCAAAUGCAAAAAGAAAAAGAAAAUCAAGUGCUGAUGAAAAAGGAUCAGUCUUUCAAACUCAGGAUCUCGUUGAAAUUACGGGCGCUAAUGUCGAGGUCAUCGUCCCAGAGAAUGCGAAAACACGAGAAGAAACUAUCAACGGUCAGACAAUCAUCCUUCUUUCUGAUCAGCUUGCUUCAAUCAAUUCCGGAGCCUCAGGAAAUUUUUCAACAUUUUUACUCUUUUUUGCUUUUAGCUUUUUCUUCUUCUAG